GCAAAAAAGGAAAAGAUAGGACCUCCCCAUUCACAUCUUUGUAUUACACACUUUGCUAAAAUUUCACUCAUAGUCACACACUCACACACACGCAUUACAUAGACGAGAAAAGAAGAGAUCAAAUAUGUUGACUUUUGCUUGACUUCAACAACUCAAUCAUCAACAACGUUUUAAGGUGUCAAAAGAAGAAACAACAUCGAGCAAUGACGGAAUUUGUUAAUCUCAUUCUUCAACCUGUUGUUGAUACUCUCAAGGUUCACGUCAAAAAACACAUAGUGUACAUGACGUCAUGCAAAAAGUAUGUCACAGAGAUGGAGAGAAAUAUGGGGGAGUUGAACGCUAAAAGAGGCGAUGAUGAAGACCACAUGCGUCACAACAAACGUAAUAAACUUAAGGUUCCAGAUCAGGUCAAAGGUUGGUUGGAAAAUGUUCAAGUGGUCAAUGCAAAAGUGGAAAGCCUUCAAGAAAUAAGUGUUGGCAGUUGUUUCAGUUUCAAGACUAGGCAUGGUGUUGGAAAAAGAGCUUUCGGGCUUAUUCAAGAAAUUAAACACCUAAAAGAAGAACACACUCAAAUUGUGUGGACUAAUCAUCCGAUUCCUCUUGGCAAAGUUGAUUCCAUGAAGGCAUCCACCUCUGCCCCACCAGUUGAUUAUCAAAGUGACUUUGAGUCCAGGGAGGACACUUUUGUGAAAGCAUUGAAAGCACUAGAAGCAGACCACAAAUCACACGUGAUAGCUUUGUGGGGGAUGGGCGGAGUUGGGAAGACCACCAUGAUGGAGAAGCUGAAAACAGUUGUGACAGAGAAGAGAAUGUUUAGUCUUAUUGUGCCGGUGGUGAUAGGGGAAUUCCCUCAUAAACACCUCCCCCAUAACCAUGUUAACAAUGAGAAAAAGCUCCUUGCUAUCCAGGAUGCGGUAGCUGAUUACCUCGCAAUAAAUCUAAAAGAGAUAACAACUAUAUCCGCAAGAGCUGAUAAGCUGCGUGGAUGGUUCGAAAACUAUUCUGAAGGAGGUAAGAACAAGAUCCUAGUGAUACUUGAUGACGUAUGGCAGUUGGUUGAUCUGAAUAAUAUUGGUUUAACCACUUUGCCAAAUCAAGGAAUUGACUUUAAACUUUUGUUGACAUCACGAAGCAGAGAUGUUUGCAUAGAGAUGGGUGUUGAAGCUAAUUCAAUUUUCAAUGUGAAACUCUUGGCAAAUGUAGAAGCACAAAGAUUCUUCUGGAAAUUUAUAAAUGGUUCUGGUGAAGCUACUUUGGAUCUGGAUCUUCUUAAGUUGGGAGAUGAUAUUGUAACUAGAUGUCAGGGUUUGCCCAUUGCGAUUAAAACCAUCGCAUCUACUCUUGAAGAUAAAAGCAAGGGUGUGUGGGAAAAUACACUUACUCGCUUACAGCAUCAUGAUAUAAAAGAAAUUGUGAAUAAAGUUUUUGAAGUCAGCUACAACAAUCUAAAAGACGAGCAGACUAAAUCAGUUUUUUUGCUUUGUGGUUUAUAUCCUGAAGAUUUUGAUAUUCCUACAGAGGAGUUGGUGAGGUACGGAUGGGGUUUGAAACUGUUUAACAAAGUGUAUACUGUUAGAGAGGCAAGAAACAGGUUGAACUUUUGCAUUAAGCAACUUGUUAAUGCAAACCUGUUGAUUGAAAGUAAUCGUUCUGUGAGCAUCAAGAUGCAUGAUCUCGUGCGUGCUUUUGUUUUGCAAAUGUAUUCUAAAGCUGAGCAUGCUUCAGUUGUCAACGAUGGUAAUAUGUCAGAGUGGCCGGCAAAUGAUACACCAGACUCUUGCAAAAGAAUUUCAUUAGCAUGCAACGGCAUGAAAGAGUUUCCAGGAGAUUUCAGAUAUCCAAACCUAUCAUUUUUGAAGCUAAAGAAUGGAGAUAAGUCGCUAAGGUUUCCUGAAAACUUAUAUGCGUUAAUGCAAAAGCUUCAAGUUAUAGUGUAUGAAAAAAUGCAAUAUCCAUUGCUUCCGGGAUCAUUUGAAUACUCCAUCAACCUUCGAACACUUUGUCUCCAUGGGUGUUCAUUGAUGUUUGAUUGUCAUUCUAUUGGAAGUCUUAAAAAUCUUGAAGUGCUUAGCUUUGCUAAUUGUAGCAUUCAAAAAUUGCCAUCCACAAUCGGAAAUUUGAAGAAGCUCAAACUACUAGAUUUGACAGGUUGUGUUAAUCUUCAUAUUGAUGAUGGCGUCUUAGAAAAUUUGGUGAAGCUUGAAGAACUUUAUAUGAGGGUUGCUGAUGGAAAGGCCAUUAGGUUCACAGAUGGAAAUUUCAAUGAGUUAGCUGAACGCUCGAAAUACCUUUCUGCAAUAGAAAUCGAGCUCUUUGGAAACAAUACUCAUCCGAAGAGAAUGUCGUUUAACAAACUUGAUAGAUUCAAGAUUUCCAUAGGACGUUCUUUAGAAGAGAAAGAUGAAAAGACAACAUCAUUCGAAAACACAUUGAUGUUGGUCUCCAAUAAGGGUGAACUUUUGGAAUCUGGAAUCAAUAUGUUGUUUGAGAAAACAGAUGUGCUUCAUUUGGAAGUGGACGACAUGAAUGGUCUUGAAGAUUUUGAAUGCCCUUCGUUCCACAGGUUAAGAGUCCUUAACAUUUCGAAGUGUGCACAACUGAGGUACCUAUUCACACGUCGUGUUGCUUCAACUUUGUCAAGGCAGCUUGAGCAUCUUAAAGUCUGGUCAUGUGAUACUUUGCAAACAAUCAUACAUGAUGAGAAUAAUGGAUCGGAACCAAUCAAACUUCCACGUUUAAAGUUUCUAUCUUUGCGUGACUUACCAAAGUUAGCGGGUCUGUGCAAUACCGGCAAUGCAAUAGAGUUACCUCAGCUCAUGGAGUUGCAACUUGACGGUCUUCCGGAAUUCACAAGCAUUUUUCCAGAUGAUAAUUUGGCAUCAUCGUCUAGGUUGAGUGAUACUACCACGAUGCAAGCUUUCUUGAAUGAAAAAGUUGCUAUUCCUAGAUUGGAGACGUUGUGGAUUUCUCAAAUGAACAAGUUGAGCAAGAUAUGGUCGAGCGAAGUUACUCGAAGUGAAAAUGUUAGUUUUUCCAUGUUGAAAACGAUUGAGGUUGAAAAAUGUGAGAGGCUGGUGAAUGUGUUUCCAAGAAACCCAAUGCCAUUGCUACAUCAUCUAAAAGAGCUUUCAGUAAAAUAUUGUGAUUCCAUUGAAACAAUAUUUAAAAUUGACAUGGAAUGUGCUCCUGAAAUUACGAGGGAAGUAAGUAGCAGCCUGGUAAGCAUUGUCGUACGCGAUUCACGAAGUCUAAGACACGUGUGGAGUCUGGAGAAUGUAGACAGCUCUCAUAAUGUUACUCACCACAUCCAUGGAUUUGAAGCUGUAGAAAGUAUAGAAAUAUCUAAUUGUGUCAAUUUUAGAAAUGUAUUCACGCCUAUCACCGCCGACUUUAAUUUGAAAGGGCUUCAAAAAAUUGAUAUUGAUUAUGGCAAGAUAUCAUCAGUUGAGAGUAGCUCAGAGCAACAGAAUAACGCUAUAACAAGGGAUAUUGCAUUCUCAAAUCAUGUCAGUCAUACAUUCCAUGAACUUCGUACACUUACUUUGAAACACGGUAGAGAAGUAGAAGUGGUGUUUGACAUAGAGAGUGCAAGUCGUGGAGAAUUGUCGACUUCUCAAAACAAUCAUGAUCAACUACUUCCCUCCCUUGAGGUUUUAGAUUUGAGUGGUAUGGACAACAUGAGUCAUGUGUGGAAGUGCAAUUGGAACCAAUUCUUCAUUCUUCAACCACCAAAAUCCUUAUGCCAAAACCUCACAAAAAUAAGUUUAAAUAGAUGCGGAAGCAUUAAAUAUUUGUUUUCGCCCCUUAUGUUCAAAUUUCUCUCCAACGUAAAGCAUGUCGAAAUAGAAGAUUGUGAAGUUAUGGAAGAAAUUGUUUCUAGCAGAGAUGAUGAAGAUGAAGCAGCGACUACAUCUACUUCCACCCACACAGAUGUUACAUCUUUUCCGAUACUUAACAUGUAUAUUUUUUUUUUUUAGUCUAAAAGAAAUCCUAAAAGAAGCCAAUUAAAAUAUACUCGUAUAACCCAACUAAAUUGGAACGAUAAAUAAAUUUACAAAUUAAUCA